GCUAAAUAAUCAUAUCAUAGACUUGUUUGACUGAUGUUGUGGAAAUCAUGAGCUUCAAAGAUGGCAUAUGACACACAAAAUCUUAUCUGUUCCGGCUAGUACAGUAAUAAGGUAAUGGAUAAGGUGGUGUUCAUCGAAUCUGAUACUUACUCUGCUGCGAUGCUGAAGCAGAGCACGCUCCAAUGAAUAAGGUUUUGCUCUGUUCUUCCUUCAGUUGAGAUCACGUGAGGGAAGAACAGCUUCUGCAUGUGGGAAGUAGUCGAUGAUUGUUUAUUCCUGUCGCUGCAAGGAAUGUCGGAUCUCGCCAGCUUGGUAAGGAGCUGCUCUGUGUUGUUUGGGUAGCCGUUUGACUGGUCUCUAUGAAGCCAUUGCAUUCGAAUCCGAGAGUGUGAUGAACACGUCGAUUGAUUUGAUCUCUGUCAUGCAUCUUUGAUCUUUCUUCUUUCUAUCUUCUGUUCAAGCUUAUAAGGACACAAUCACAAUCUCUCUCUCUCUCUCUCUCUCUCUCUCUCUCUCUAGUACUAUGGCUCCUCUGUUCUCAUGUGCAUCCCCAGCAACUCACCUGAGAACUCUGAUGAGAAAUCCACGGCGAGGAAAGCUUGCUCUCACAAGGACGAAAUCUCGAAUCCAAAAGAGUAGGAAAAGCUUGAGGAAACCUACUGAUAACGAUGACGACGCUUUCCCCGGCGAGGAGACUGCGCCUCUUCUCUCGGCAGACCGGUCAUCGCCUGAGGUUACCAAGAAAGAUGAACCUGCUGUCUUCGGACUGCCAUCUUCUACUGCGUCAAAAGAACAGGUUGUGCAUUUGAGAGUGGCUUUGCAUUGCAAAGGCUGUGAAGGGAAGGUCAGGAAGCACAUCUCCAAGAUGGAAGGUGUGACAUCGUUCGACAUAGAUUUUGAAGCGAAGAAGGUGACGGUGGUCGCAGCAGUGACGGCGUCGGGAGUUCUAAACAGCAUCUCCAAGGUCAAGAAUGCUCAGCUCUGGCCUUCGUCGCCGCCAUUCUUGCCAUCAUCAUCGUCGUCAUCUUGCUUUCAUGGGACCUAAUUGUUCCUUUCCUCUCUGUUUUUGGUAAUGCCAAUUACCGUGGCUUGUGAGUCUCUGUAGAAGUAAGAACUGGAGUGAAGAACUCCGCAAAUGGUGAGCUCAACAUUGUUGUCCCUUCUUCUUCAUGCAUGUAAACCUGCAGCCGAGCCAGACCAAUUCAAAGGCACCUCCAUUGCCAAACCUUCCAUCAAUGACAACCUUGGAU